UGUGACUCAGCUGAGAACUUCUCCAGCCUUUAAAACAUCUGCCCUGGAUAUUUGAGACGGGGGAACGUUGGACAUGGACCGCGCUGGACUGCUGCUGCUGGUGCUCAACCUGAGUGGAGCGGUUUGUGCAGUGGUGCAGUGGACAGAGUUAAAGGAAGCUGAGGCCUAUUUGAAGAAGUAUGGUUACCUGGACGACCCGGCUGACCCGGCUGACCCUGCUGACCCCCAUUACCUGGAGGAAAUCAUCGGUGCCCUCAGAGUUUUUCAGAAGGUGAAUGAUCUGCCACCUACUGGAGAAUUAGAUGAAGCGACCCUGGAUGUGAUGAGACAGCCCCGCUGUGGCCUGGACGACCCCUUUAACAAGAAGUUUAACAAAUUCAGAGUGAUGGGUCACUGGAGGAAGAGGAGUCUGACUUAUCGCAUCUACAACUUCACACCUGACAUGAAGCAGACAGAUGUCAGAGCAGCCAUACGCUCUGCCUUCAAAUACUGGAGCGAUGUGGCUGCUCUGAUCUUCAGAGAGGUGGACUAUGGCAGAGCGGACAUAAAGAUCUCCUUCCACAAGAAAGACGGCUACUGUCCUGUCCCGUUUGAUGGACGUGGUCAGGUACUGGCUCAUGCUGAUUCACCAGAGUCUGGUAUAGUUCACUUUGACGAGGAUGAGUUCUGGACAGAAGGAUCAUAUUAUGGGACUAAUCUGCGAAUUGUUGCUGCCCAUGAAAUCGGCCACGCUCUGGGUCUCGGUCACUCUCAGUUCAGAACCGCUCUGAUGGCGCCGGUCUACUCUGGUUACCGUGUCAACUUCAGACUGCAUUCAGAUGACGUCAAUGGCAUACAGACACUUUACGGAAAACGCAUCACCAGCACUUUGGCCAGUUCACCGACCCCAGACAGUCUGUUUCCCACAGAGAGCAGCAACCAACCUGACGUCAUCCCUGACCCCUGCACUGCCACACUGGACGCCAUCAUGUUAGGUCCAUGGAGGAAAACCUUUGCUUUCAGCGGUGAAUACGUGUGGACCAUCUCUGACCUCGGACACAACACACCCAUGAAAGUUGACAGGCUGUGGAAGGGACUUCCCGGGAACCUGAACGCUGCUGUGCACUCACAGAGAACCAACAAGACCUACUUCUUCAAAGGGAAUAGAGUGUGGAAGUACACCAGGUUCCUGCUGGACUACGGCUUCCCCAAACAGGUGAAAAGGAUUCCUCCGAACAUUGACGCAGCCUUAUACCUGGAGAAGAACAAGAAGCUGAUCUUCAUUAAGGGUUCAGAGUACUGGCAGUGGGAUGAACUAAAGUACAACGACUUAAGUCUGUACCCCAAACCGCUCUCCAUGCUCUUCACUGGAUUGCCGUCCAGUGUGGACGCAGCCCUCACCUGGACCAACGGCAAGCUCUUCUUCUUCAAGGGAGACGAGUACUGGAGAGUGAACGAGCUGAUGCUGCGGGUCGACAGAGGUUACCCAAUGAGCAAGAAGGAGCGCUGGAUGCGAUGCUAAGGGUCCACCAUCAGGGGGCAGCAGGUGCUAAGAGGUCCACAGCAGGGGGUGCGGGUUCCACUCCAGGGGCAUUGACAACUCCACAACCUCAACAGCGGUGAUCAGUUAUGAAAUAUGAUCUAACAUGAAAAAAAGGGGGGAUUUUCUUUCUUCUCUCUCCCUCGCUGGCUUCUCUACAAAGCGGGCCGAUCUUUGUGAAGCUCACUUCCUGAGCACAAAUGUGAGAAGUCUUUAUGCUGAGUUUAUGAACUCAGCGAGAAAUCAAUAAGGGAGGCCUUCUAUUUUUCUCCUUCACACAUGUGUUGGAUUAUGUGUCUCAAUAGUUUCAGUAACACGUAAUAUGACGAUGGGAGUGUUCGUGUUUCUGUUCUGACAUUUUUGUUUAGCCAACUUCUUAACUAUGUUCACUAAGGCUGUGUUUUUCUGUCCAUAUGAUACAGAUAUAUGUUAGCACUAAUAUAAGCAACGGGAUUUAUUGUGACUGAGAGAAAAAAUAACAAUGUUUUAUGCAUACAAAUAUUGUUUCGUUUAUCUAAUGAGUGCCAACAAGCUGUCGGAGGCUCAACUACAUCACCACUGUCAAGAGUAAUGCCAAUGUACUGAUACAGCGCUUAAAAAGAAUGUAUAAUAUCGAGUUAUCUUAGUGUAUCGACGUUUCCUCGAUGAAUCCAUGUGCUGAUAGUUGUAAUAACAUGAAAAUAAACCCUUUUUUGUAA